ACGAUCAGAAAGUUCUUAUUUUAUAGUAACGAAAGCAGAAGCAAAACCUUAAUCUUUGAAGAAGAGCGUCUGAGAAUUUGUUUCUAUAGCAAGCGAAGUUGCAGAAGAGUUGUAAACUUUCAUAUUUGUUUCUUCGUCACAGAGGUUUUUUAGUUUAUAAUUCGUAAGUCCUCAAAUCAUAUCAUGAAUCCAGAGAAGUUCACCCACAAAACAAAUGAGGCUAUUGCCGGGGCACAUGAACAGGCUAUGGAAGCUGGCCAUCCGCAGAUUACCCCAGUUCACAUGGCCAUGGCAUUGAUUGGGGACCAAGGUGGAAUACUCCGACAAGCAAUCUCCAAUGCAGGUGAUGGUGAUGAGGCUGCAAAUUCAUUUGAGCGUGUUCUAAAGCAAGCAAUGAAGAAAAUCCCUUCCCAGCACCCACCUCCUGAUGAUGUCCCUGCAAGCACUUCUCUAAUUAAGGCGAUUAGAAGAGCCCAAUCAUCAAUGAAGUCUCGUGGUGAUACCCAUCUCGCAGUCGACCAGCUAAUCCUUGGCAUUCUUGAGGAUUCUCAAAUUGGAGAUCUUCUCAAAGAGGCUGGAGUUAGUACAGCAAGAGUGAAAUCUGAGGUUGAGAAGCUUAGGGGGAAGGAAGGAGCGAAAGUAGAGAGUGCAUCAGGCGAUACCAAUUUCCAAGCUUUAAAGACCUACGGCCGAGAUCUUGUCGAACAGGCUGGGAAACUUGACCCUGUCAUUGGAAGGGAUGAAGAGAUUCGAAGGGUAGUUCGAAUUCUCUCAAGAAGAACUAAAAAUAAUCCGGUUCUGAUUGGAGAGCCCGGAGUUGGUAAAACUGCUGUGGUUGAAGGCCUUGCUCAGAGAAUUGUGAGAGGAGAUAUCCCUAGCAAUCUCGCUGAUGUGAGGUUGAUUGCAUUGGAUAUGGGUGCUCUGGUUGCCGGAGCAAAAUAUAGGGGAGAAUUUGAGGAAAGGGUGAAAUCUGUAUUGAAGGAAGUUGAGGAAUCUGAAGGUAAAGUGAUUCUUUUCAUUGAUGAGAUUCACCUUGUCCUCGGAGCUGGCCGAACGGAAGGUUCAAUGGAUGCGGCAAAUUUGUUUAAACCAAUGCUUGCUCGAGGUCAGCUAAGAUGCAUUGGUGCUACAACCCUUGAGGAGUACAGGAAGUAUGUGGAGAAGGAUGCUGCAUUCGAGAGAAGGUUUCAGCAAGUUUAUGUAGCCGAGCCCAGUGUUCCAGACACGAUAAGUAUUCUUCGAGGGCUAAAGGAGAAGUAUGAAGGUCACCAUGGUGUUCGGAUACAAGACAGAGCUCUUGUGGUAGCUGCCCAACUCUCCAGUCGUUACAUUACAGGGCGCCAUCUUCCGGAUAAGGCAAUUGAUCUGGUUGAUGAAGCUUGUGCAAAUGUGAGAGUUCAACUUGAUAGUCAACCAGAAGAGAUUGAUAACUUGGAGAGGAGGAGAAUCCAGCUAGAAGUUGAAUUGCAUGCUCUUGAGAAAGAGAAGGACAAAGCAAGUAAAGCUCGUCUUGUUGAAGUCCGUAAAGAAUUGGAUGAUUUGAGAGACAAAUUGCAACCAUUAAUGAUGAAGUACAUGAAGGAGAAAAAAAGGAUUGAUGAAAUCCGGAGGCUGAAACAGAAGCGAGAAGAACUCCUGUUUAGUGUACAAGAGGCUGAGAGAAGAAUGGAUCUGGCUAGGGUUGCAGACAUAAAAUAUGGAGCACUCCAGGAGCUAGAAGCUGCCAUAGCAAAGCUUGAAGGAACUUCUGAAGACAACCUAAUGCUUACUGAAACUGUUGGACCUGAGCAGAUUGCAGAAGUUGUGAGCCGAUGGACUGGUAUUCCAGUUACAAGGCUAGGCCAGAAUGACAAGGAGAGAUUGAUGGGUCUUGCUGAGAGACUGCAUAAGAGAGUUGUGGGUCAAGACCAAGCAGUUAAUGCUGUUUCAGAGGCAGUGUUGAGGUCCAGGGCUGGUUUAGGCAGGCCUCAACAGCCAACUGGGUCGUUCCUCUUCCUUGGUCCAACUGGUGUGGGUAAGACCGAGUUGGCGAAGGCUUUAGCUGAACAGCUAUUUGAUGAUGAGAACCUCUUGAUAAGGAUUGAUAUGUCCGAGUACAUGGAGCAGCACUCGGUUGCUCGACUAAUUGGUGCUCCACCAGGAUAUGUUGGUCAUGAAGAAGGUGGGCAGCUCACUGAAGCAGUGAGGAGGCGGCCUUACAGUGUCGUGCUAUUUGAUGAAGUGGAGAAGGCACAUAUUUCUGUUUUCAAUACACUCCUUCAGGUUCUUGAUGAUGGUAGAUUGACUGAUGGCCAAGGACGCACUGUGGACUUCACUAAUACAGUGAUCAUCAUGACAUCGAACCUUGGAGCGGAGCAUCUCCUAAGCGGCCUCAUGGGCAAGUGUUCAAUGGAAGCUGCAAGGGAGCUGGUGAUGCAAGAGGUGAAGAGGCAUUUCAGGCCAGAGCUCCUCAAUCGACUGGAUGAAAUUGUUGUUUUUGAUCCUCUGUCACAUGAGCAAUUGAGGAAAGUUGCAAGACUACAAAUGAAAGAUGUUGCAAGCCGACUAGCUGAGAGGGGUAUUGCGUUAGCAGUCUCAGAUGCUGCUCUGGACAUAGUGCUUGCAGAAAGCUAUGACCCAGUAUAUGGUGCAAGGCCCAUCAGAAGAUGGCUUGAAAAGAGAGUGGUGACCGAGUUAUCGAGGAUGCUUAUACGGGAGGAGAUAGAUGAGAACUCUACUGUCUAUAUUGAUGCUGGUCCUGGGAGGAAGGAGCUCAUUUACAGGGUGGAGAAGAAUGGUGGAAUUGUUAAUGCAGCAACUGGUCAAAAGUUAGAUAUAUUGAUCGAAAUACCAAAUGUGCCAAAGAGUGAUGGUGGCCAGGCAGUGAAGAAGCUGAAGAUAGAGGAAAUUGAAGAUGAUGAGGAGAUGGAGGAAUGAAAAGUUG